AGCGCGGAGGAGGAGCACCGGGAGGAGGGCAAAGGGAGGGAGGAGGCGCCCGCCUGGCUCCCUGCAAAGCGGCCUUAUUUAUCUAGGCACAGCCUCAGCCUCCCCGGUGGGAGGCUCAGGGCAGCAGAUCCUCUCCCACCGGGGAGCUCCGCUCCGGUUGCGGCCAAGAGGGCCCUGGGGCGCGGGGCACCCGGGGGUGUCGGGCCUGCUAACCAGUCCAGCACCUCGGCCGCCUCGGUGCUCAGCCGCGCUGGUGCUGGGCUCCCGAUGACGCGAGGUCCCCCGGCGGACAGCGUAGCAUGAGCCAGGAGCCCGGGCCGAGGUAAGGGGUGAAAUGAAAAUCACAGCAUCAGAAAACACAUGUGAAGAGUACAGGCUGAGCCAGUGAAUACAACAAGGGCUGUGGACACCUACACACCUGGAUAUGGCCAGCCUGCCUCUUGUGCAGUCAGAGAAAGAACGUGCAAGGAAGAUGUCGAGCCCGGGUGUCAACGGUGACCCCAAGACUCCAUGCUUGCCUCGAAAUGGUCUAGUGAAGCUGCCUGGCCAGCCCAACGGCCUAGGUGCAGCCAGCAUCACCAAGGGCACACCUGCUGCCAAGAACCGCCCUUGCCAGCCACCUCCCCCACCCACCCUUCCACCUCCCAACCUGGCUGCACCACUGUCCCGGGUUGCUCUGGCCGGGGGGCCAUGCCCCCCAGCCAGUGGAACAGCCUCAGGCCCAGUGCCUGGACCUCCAGUGGAGCGGCCACCACUAGCCACAGAUGAGAAGAUCCUCAAUGGGCUCUUCUGGUACUUCUCAGCAUGUGAGAAGUGUGUGCUAGCCCAGGUAUGCAAGGCCUGGCGGCGUGUGCUCUACCAGCCCAAGUUCUGGGCAGGCCUCACACCUGUGUUGCAUGCCAAGGAGCUGUACAAUGUGCUGCCUGGAGGUGAGAAGGAGUUCGUGAACCUGCAGGGCUUCGCUGCUCGAGGCUUUGAGGGCUUCUGCCUGGUUGGCGUCUCUGACUUAGACAUCUGUGAGUUCAUCGACAACUAUGCGCUCUCCAAGAAGGGAGUCAAGGCCAUGAGCCUCAAGCGUUCCACCAUCACUGAUGCUGGCCUAGAGGUGAUGUUGGAGCAGAUGCAGGGAGUGGUGCGCCUGGAGCUGUCAGGUUGCAAUGAUUUCACCGAAGCUGGUCUGUGGUCCAGCCUCAGUGCACGCAUCACUUCACUGAGCGUCAGCGACUGCAUCAACGUGGCCGACGAUGCCAUUGCAGCCAUCUCACAACUGCUGCCCAACCUGGCAGAGCUAAGCCUGCAGGCCUACCAUGUGACAGACACUGCACUGGCCUACUUCACAGCUCGCCAGGGCCACAGCACCCACACGCUGCGCCUGCUCUCUUGCUGGGAGAUAACCAACCAUGGCGUGGUCAACGUGGUGCACAGCCUGCCCAACCUCACCUCACUCAGCCUCUCAGGCUGCUCUAAGGUCACUGACGAUGGUGUUGAGCUUGUAGCUGAGAACCUGCGCAAGUUGCGCAGCCUCGACCUCUCGUGGUGCCCUCGGAUCACCGACAUGGCACUGGAGUACGUGGCCUGCGACUUGCACCGCCUGGAGGAACUCGUGCUGGACAGGUGUGUACGCAUCACGGACACUGGCCUCAGCUAUUUGUCCACCAUGUCGUCCCUCCGCAGCCUCUACCUGCGAUGGUGCUGCCAGGUGCAGGACUUCGGGCUGAAGCACCUCUUAGCCAUGAGAAGUUUGCGUCUCUUGUCUCUGGCAGGCUGCCCGCUCCUGACCACCACCGGGCUGUCCGGCCUAGUGCAACUGCAGGAACUGGAGGAGCUGGAGCUGACCAACUGCCCUGGGGCCACACCCGAACUCUUCAAGUACUUCUCGCAGCACCUGCCACGCUGCCUCGUCAUUGAAUAGCACGGGAUUCCCCACCCGGGCUGCGGGAACCGGCCACGCCCUAGGCGGGGUGCGGGGCGCCUUCGAGCCCCUCUUCUGGCCCUGCCGGAGCCCCGAGUCUCGGCCCCGCGCGGGAGGCGGGCAAGCCGAGGGAAGCCCGCCCCGUGCCUCCCUUGCCUCUCUGCUCUUCUCUUCGCCCCACUCAGGGCAGGAGGCAGCGGGGCCAGCCCCACGCACGCACGCACACUCGGGGACUUUGUGCAUGCCCCUCGUGCCCGCACUGCACGCCCGCCCUCCACCAUGCCACAGCCGCCGCCAUCACUCGCCCUCCCUCUGAGGGGGCUCGGUCCUUUGGGGACACUUUGAGUGCAGACGCCCUCACUGCCUUCCCCACCUCAUUCUGCUCUCUGCCUCCCCCGCUGUCCCCCAUCCCGGGCAGGGCCCAAGGGAAUGGGAUGAUUGGUCCCCCAGGACUCAGGGGCCUGGAAGAGCCCCAAGGGCCUCCCAUAUCUUCCACUGCACCGCGCCUGGAGCCCUCUGAGGGGUAGGGGGCAUCACAGGCCACUGCCAAAGCCAUGGCCCCCUGAGGAGCCCAACUCCCCUCCCCAUGCCCGCCUGACCCAAGUGGCUUUCCUUCUUCCUUGUCGCCAUAUGGGUCAGUUCUUGUCCUCUGUGCCACCUCCUCAUCCCCUCCCUUCCCCCUGGCCUACAGAUCCUUGAGCCCUGGCCAGGCUGGGACAGCUUUAGAACGAUGAUGACCUUGGAAUAAUCAACAUUAGCUUAGCCAGUGUCCAUCCAGUGCAAAGGUGGAAUAGGCACCUGACAGAUCCCAAGCUAGAGCCACCCUCAGAGCUGUCAGGCCUUGGGAGAGCCCAUGCACCCCAGCCCCUGUCCCAGCUAAGUUCAGGCCUCUCAGCACUGUUUUACCCAGGCUAAUCUGCAGAGGAGGGCCUAGCCAAGGUCAGGGUCAGCACUGACCAUUGAUUCUGAUCUUCCAGUGCCCAGCACACCCUUUUCGCCCCUAGGAGUGAGGGAUCCUUUCUAGCCCUCCUUUACCCCUCCCAGCUCCAAAACCUCUGCCUGUCCAAAUGGGCUCUGACCAUGUUCUGUCAGAUCCCAAGACAUUUGGAAGCCCCCGGGGAUGCUGGCACAUUGUGGCAGUGCUUAGGAAGGGGCUGGGACCCCUUUCCCUCCCAACCUUGAGCCCCAGGAGACACAGCACCUACAACCAAUCUUGGGACACCCCUAACUGGUUGGAAGAAAGUAGUUUCCAGAGAGCCCAGAGAGCCAGAGAAUGAGAGAGAGAGAGAGAGAGAGAGAGAGAGAGAGAGAGAGAGAGAGAGAGAGAGAGAUGCUGUUGACAAAAAGAAACAGUUCAACAGCCCAAAGAGUUCCCUGCCCCUGGAGUGUCAACCAGGGAGGCUCCAGGCUGAGAUGGUCAGGAGCCAGAUUCUUCAGCCCCUCCUCCCAUGAUCCCCCAACAGGGAGGGGGCAGCUGUCCAUUUGCCCAAAGUAUUAAUGUAACUGAAGCUGUGAUAUUUCCAAUGACUGUAGGAGGAAAAUUUAAGGGGAGAGAGGAACACAAACAAAACCAACCAACCCCUAAAAUCAUUUUCUUAUUGUACAUAACGACCUCAUUCUCCUGUAUAUGCCGAAGAUAUAACCUUAUAUUUGGUAAGUGUUUCUUGUGCUAUUUUAUCACGUGACCUGUUUAUAAAAAUAUAUAUUAAAAAAGUUGUAAAAACAU